AUGACGAGAGCGAGGUUGCUUACCUAUACGGCCUGUCACGAUGGCCUUCUUUGUUUGGAUGUCCAACGACGAGCAAGAUUUUCAAGCAACGAAUGUAUUGGAAGGAGAAGAUGCAUAAGCCCACAAUUCACCACGAAUCCGACAGACUCUACAAAGCAGAUGAUCGAGAGCAAAGAUAGCUUGGAAUCUGCCACAGUCCUGCCCAUCAACAUCCACCUCGAAAGAUCGACACGUCACCCAAAAUCCCCAACCGUUAACGCAGACAUUCGUUCCGCAAGUCCCCACAAACCCCAUGGGGUUGCACGCGGCCCCAUUGCGGAGAUCUCCAGCCCCGGACGCGGACCCCACGACGGGACCCGAGUAUUUUUCGAGCACGUGUGGUGUUUGCUCCACGGAACCCCAAACGUCAGGGAUCAACAAGUGGGCAGUGCGUUCCGUUCCACCAGCCGCCAAGUUCGCAACGCGGGGAGAGAGUCGAGGCCGGCAUGCAGAACGGAACCAGGUGUUGGGAACGCCCCCGUCGGAAGACAGUCUGCCAAGGGACACUGGAUGGUGUGUCGUCUCCCGAUAUUGUCCGCGCAAUCAGCCGCAUGGCGGAUUGUUUGAUGUCUGACUGGUAGCUAAGUGAGUAGGUAGAUGUCCAACGGCCGACUUGGCUUUGCUGCGGAUAGGUUCUUGGGGCCUUGAAGCCAUCAUCAAUAUACGAAAGAACCCGGAGAUGGAGAUGCUAAAACGUGGGGUAUCUGCCUAGCUGGCUGGCUAGGAUU